AUGCACACGUAUAAAAACGUCCCUUUGGUGGCAAAGUUCAGGCUCUUGCGGGCGUCGACGGCGUACCGAGGCGGAUUAGGAUUCGCAAAUGCGAGAACGAAAGCGAGAACGGUGUUCACCCCGACGGCGAUCGAGUGCAAAAAGAAAUCCGGGUUCGCCUCGGAAAUCCUAAACAAAACGAAAGAGAAAGUCCAGAACACGGUCAACGGACGCGAGGAAAAUGGGUUUCAAAACAGGAAAGCGUUGAAACCAGGCACGGUGACCAAAAUGAGGAAAGUGUACGAAGACACGUUGAAACCACAUUACGCCGAGACCGGGGUUUUACCACCGUAUAACGACGCGAAGUAUCAAUUCGCUCGAACGCUUGAUGAAAUCGAAGGGAUGCGCAAGGCGGGUUUAUUAGCCGCGGAAGUUUUGGAUUACGCGGAGAGUUUAUGUAAACCUGGAGUGACGACGGAGGAGAUCGACGAAAAAGUACAUCUGAUGAUCAUCGACGCGGGAGCGUACCCGAGUCCUUUGAACUACGGCGAGUUUCCGAAAUCCGUGUGCACGUCCUUGAACGAGUGCAUAUGCCACGGGAUACCCACGCCGGACGAGACGUUGUUGGAUGGGGAUAUCAUCAACGUUGACGUGACGGUGUAUUUGAACGGAUAUCACGGGGAUACCUCGAGAACGAUUCGGGUUGGGAAGGUUUCCGAGCAAGUGGAGACGUUGUGCAGAGUGACCGAGGACGCGUUAGAAGCGGCGAUAAAGAUUGUGAAACCGGGCGUGCCUUUACGAAGAAUCGGCGCGACGAUUCACGAGAUAGCUGAUAAGCACAAAUUCGGCGUCGUGGAUAAAUUCGUCGGUCACGGAGUUGGGAAAGAGUUCCAUUCCGGGCCAACGAUACGGCACCACCGAAACAACGAUCCGGGGACGAUCGAAGCCGGAAUGACGUUUACGAUUGAACCGAUGUUGACCAUCGGCGGGACGAGAGACAUCAUGUGGAAAGACGGGUGGACUUCCGUCACCGCGGACGGGAAGUGGACCGCGCAGUGCGAACACACGUUACUCGUCACCGAUACCGGGUGCGAGAUAAUGACGUUAUCGCCCGCGAAAAAAGCGCUCGGGGACCAUUUAAUCCGAGGCGCGCGAUGA